GUGUAGCUAUAGCCUUUAUAUAAGCCACAGCAAAUCAGCUCUUACAACCAACUAAACAUAAACAAAAUAUGUCUCUUUCUCUCUAACCAUUCUUUCCAAACUAAGUACUUGGUAUCUAUAUAUAUCGAACUAUUAUUCUUUUACCUCUUAUUCUCGCCACAUUAUUUGAUAGAGUUUAUUCAUUAUAUCUAAGUAAGUAUGGUUCUAAGCUUAGCCAAAGCUACUGUAAGGAACUUUUGUUUGAUUGUUUUGGUAUUGGGUCUUGUUUGUGCUGAAGAUCCGUACAGAUUCUUUGAUUGGAAUAUCACCUAUGGUGAUAUAUAUCCUCUUGGCUUUCGCCAACAGGGAAUUCUGAUAAAUGGUCAAUUUCCGGGACCUGACAUUUACUCGGUCACCAACGAUAAUCUCAUUAUCAAUGUUCACAACAGCUUACCGGAACCUUUUCUUAUUUCAUGGAAUGGAGUACAAAACAGGAGAAAUUCGUUUCAAGAUGGUGUGUACGGAACAAAUUGCCCAAUUCCUCCAGGCAAGAACUUCACUUACAAACUACAAGUGAAAGAUCAAAUUGGAAGUUACUACUAUUUCCCUUCUUUGGGCUUUCAGAAGGCUGCUGGUGGAUUUGGGGCCAUUAAAGUGCUCAGCAGGCCCAGAAUCCCAGUCCCAUUUCCUGAACCAGCUGGAGAUUACUCUCUCCUCAUUGGAGAUUGGUACAAGUUUGGCCACCAGGCAUUGCAGAAAAUUCUUGAUGGCGGUCACAGACUUCCUAACCCAGAUAAUAUUCUAAUCAAUGGCAGACCAAACGGUACCACAUUAACAUUUGAACCAGGUAAAACCUACAGACUUAGGAUAUCCAAUGUUGGUAUACAAAACUCUCUCAAUUUCCGAAUUCAAGGCCACAAGAUGAAAUUAGUCGAAGUCGAAGGGACCCACACUGUCCAAACCACGUAUUCGUCCCUUGACGUCCACGUAGGCCAAUCUUAUUCUGUGCUUGUCACAGCAGAUCAGACACCUCAAGACUAUUACAUUGCGGUCUCAACUCGGUUCACUCGUAAUAUUAUUACUUCCACUGCUAUCCUUCACUACAGCAACUCGGCCAGUGCAGUUUCAGGCCCAAUUCCUGGUGGGCCAACUAUCGAAAUUGAUUGGUCCCUCAACCAGGCCCGAUCCAUUAGGACCAACCUAACAGCUAGUGGGCCAAGACCAAACCCACAGGGCUCGUACCAUUAUGGUCAAAUUAACAUUUCAAGAACCAUAAGGUUAGAGAGCUCGGCAGCUCAAGUUGGUGGGAAGCAAAGAUAUGCACUAAAUAGUGUGUCCUUUAUCCCAGCUGAUACUCCCCUUAAGUUGGCAGAUUACUUCAAUAUUGAUGGUGUUUUCAAAGUUGGAAGCAUCUCAGAUAACCCUUCUUCCGAAAAAAUGUACCUUGACACAUCGGUCAUGGGUGCUGAUUAUAGAGCUUUUAUUGAGAUUGUUUUUCAAAAUCGUGAAAAUAUUGUACAAAGCUAUCACCUUGAUGGGUACAACUUUUGGGUCGUGGGAAUGGAUGGAGGGCAAUGGAGUCCAGAAAGUAGAAAACAAUAUAACCUUGCUGAUGCAGUUUCACGAUGCACCACUCAGGUAUACCCAAAGUCUUGGACUGCAAUAUAUGUGGCGUUGGAUAAUGUGGGUAUGUGGAAUUUGAGGACAGAGUUUUGGGCAAGGCAAUACCUUGGACAACAAUUCUAUCUUCGAGUUUACACACCUGUCAAGUCUACACGUGACGAAUAUUUGAUUCCCCAAAAUGCCCUUCUUUGUGGAAGAGCCGAAGGCAAAAGCACAACCCCAUAAACAAAAAAGCUGCUUCAAUGAUUGAUACAUAAUGUUAAAUCUUUACGUAUUUAGUAAUUUUAAUUUUAUUAAUUAUCAUAAUUCAAAUUUCAUUCUUUGAAUACCUUUGCAUUUUUUUAAGUUGUAUGUAUACACCUAUAUUUUAACAUAAUAAAGUAUAUGUAUCCUUUCAUUAAAA